ACAGCUCCUCCCACUCACCCUACAGCCACACUUUCUCCUUUUUUAUCUCCGUGCUCAAUUUUAGAGCCAGCCCUCCUUGGAUGCCCUGGCCAAUCAAGAGACCACACAUUGUUGCCUAAGAGACCCCGGAUGCCAGCGACAGGAUUUAUAGAUGGUGAUUGGACUGCUGGGAGCGGUGAGGUGGGGGCUGGAAGGAAGCAAAGAAAGCUGCCCUAGCACGCAACGAUGGCAACCCCAGAGCCAGAGGCUUGAAGAAGGAGGCCGGCAGCUGAGGUGUAGUCUUUCUGAUGGAAGAAUACCAGGUCCUUUCAUGAUGGCCUUUGCACCUCCAAAAAGCACUGAUGGCUCCAAAAUGCAGACAAAGAUGAGCACCUGGACACCCCUAAAUCAUCAACUUCUGAAUGACCAGGUGUUUGAAGAACGAAGAGCUCUGCUUGGAAAAUGGUUUGACAAAUGGACAGACUCUCAAAGGAGAAGAAUCCUUACAGGCCUUCUAGAGCGCUGCUCCCUGGCUCAGCAGAAGUUCUGCUGUCGAAAGCUGCAGGAAAGAAUCCCAGCGGAGGCCCUGGAUUUUACUACCAAGCUGCCAAGGGUGUUAUCUGUCUAUAUCUUUUCCUUCUUGGACCCCCGGAGCCUUUGCCGUUGUGCACAGGUGAGCUGGUACUGGAAGAGCCUGGCUGAGCUGGACCAGCUCUGGAUGCUCAAGUGCCUGCGCUUUAACUGGUACAUCAACUUCUCCCCAACGCCGUUUGAGCAGGGCGUCUGGAAAAAGCACUACAUUCAAAUGGUGAGAGAACUUCACGUCACCAAACCCAAGACACCUCCCAAGGAUGGAUUCAUAAUUGCCGACGUUCAGCCCAUUCCCGGCAGCUCUGCAGAGGGAAAGCAGUCCCCUUCGUUAGCUUUGAGAUCCUCCACUUCCUUAAGAAAGAAGAAUAACCCAGGGGAGAAAGAGCUUCCACCGUGGCGGUCGUCCGAUAAGCAUCCCACUGACAUCAUCCGCUUUAAUUAUCUAGACAACUGUGACCCCGAACACCUCUGGCAACGAAGAAGAAAAAGAAACGAAGUGACCCCAGACUUCAAGCGGCAGUUUCGAGAUAAGAAAAACAAGCUUGAGGCCGGUGUCAGGCUCAGGAAAGCACGGUCGCUGAUGUCCCUGAGUUCCCAUCCGAAAGUUCCGGUUCAUCCCGCCUGGCCUCUUCAUCUGCCAGUGGGACCCUCAGAUCCUGAAGCAGCAACUCAAGUUCUCACGGAACACUUCCCCUAGACACCCUGGGCUUCAGUCACCCCCCCACACACAGAGAGGCUCCAGAGGCAAAGCUGACUUCAGGCGGGAAAAGGAAUUUUCUAGAAAGGACAAGGUAUUCUUCCCAGCUGAGAGUUGGAGUCUAACAAGUCCCUCCAUUAAACUCUUGAUUUAUGUACCUUG